UUAUUUUAGUUCAAUUAUUAUCAUGUUAAAUUUUAAGCUUACUGGAAACGGAAGUUUAUUUGUAAAGGCUAUUGUUAUUGGUCAGGCGUAGUUACCACGCUAUUGUUGUGUAAUCUCAGAAGAAUCAGAUUUGUGAUCAAAAGAUUCCAGCUGUGACCAUACAGCCUUUUUGCAUAUAUAGAAAUAUAUUCUUCCACGUGUCCUUCCUUUUUUAUACCAUAGGCUGAGAUCCAAGUGAAUAUGACCAGUAUUGCUGACCACGUAGAUUUUUUGCUCGUUUGUUGGUUGUUGGUAAAAAAAUUCGUAUACCUUCGAUGUAAUGCAAACAACGUUUACAGUGCGCUCACGAUCCAUCAAAAAAAAAAAAAAAAAAAAAAUUAUUCCUUAAAAGAUAAAGAAAAAUCUAAAGAUCUACAAACAGCAUUUCAUUUAAAAACAGAAACUCAAUUUUUACCCUUCUGUUGAGUCAUAUAACAUCUGUUACUUCUAUCGUGGUAUUUAAGUAACUUCCAGAAACAGCUUAUAAUUACUGUCUCCUGUAAAUUACUGCUGUGUGAAUCAAAGUUUUUCUUUCUUUUUUAUCUUAAUUAUCAAAAAUAUAGUAUAUUGUUGUUUUAGUUAUAAGAAUCAUAAACUGUCCUUGGUUUCCUGUUGCCAAUUUUGGCACUCGACCAUAAAUGUUUUAUUCUCUAAUUUUCUGCAAAUUUGUAGUCAAAAUAAAUGAGCCGAUAUUGUAAAGAUGUUAUUAUUCUUGUGUUUCUAAUUAAAAUGUUGUUGGCGGAAUUCAGGAUUUAUCAGAUAUAACCCGGUCAAUAUUGUUUAGGAGUUAAAGAACGUAGAAGCAAGUACUUGGUGACUUCACUAAUGCUGGUGACACGUAAAAUGCACCAAGAAAACUCUCUGACGUAAUUGGUAUUUGGAAGGAUAACCUGCAGAAGAAGUGAGGCCAAGACAUUGACAUUAGGUCCUCUGGUACAUUGGUUCCUGUGGAACCAUUGAACCCAUGCCAGCAUGGAAAAAGGGACGUUAAAUGGGGAUGAUGAUGACAAGAUGAUACGGGUGUAUGUGUGUACCAAAGAAAGGGCCAUUACUUUAUAUUGGUUUCAAAUUUUGGCACAAAGUCACCAAUUUCAGGGGAGGGGAAGUUGAUUACAUUGACCCCAGUGCUCAACUGUUACCUAUUUUAUCGACUCUGAAAGGAUGAAGGGCAAAGUCGACCUUGGUGGACUUUUGAAUGCUGAACAUAAAAAUGCUGCUAAGUAUUUUGCCAAGUGUGCUAACGAUCUGACAACUUGCUGCCUUUCUGUUACUUUAUAUUGUUUUUUUUAGAUGUUAAGUAAGGAAGCACUAUUUUGAUUAGCCAACACACAUAUACACACACACGUAUAGGUAUGUUUAUAUCAGUGGUUUGGCAAAAGAGACCAACAAAAUACCAGGCUUUAAAUAAAAAUAAGUAUUGAGGCUGAUCCAUUUGACUAAAAUAAAUUCUUCAAAGCAUGGCCACAGAAAUUCUUCAAGGCAUGGCCCAACAUGGCCACAGUCUAAUGACUGAAACAAGUAAAAGAUAAAAGAUGGAAGUCAAGAAUACUACAAUAUGCUAUAUGCGAUGAAUGGAGUUAUUUAUUUAUUUUUUGCAGUGGGGACUCACAAGAUUCAAGGCAAAGAGUUGAUUUAUUCUGUGUUGGAUGCUGCUUUGGCAGCUGGCUACCGAUCUAUAGACACAGCCUCAGUGUACAAAAAUGAAUCAGACAUUGGAUCAAGUCUUCUGGAACUACUUGCUAAAUAUAACUUGAAAAGAGAGGACAUAUUCAUCACCAGUAAAUUAGGCCCAAGAGAUCAAGGAAGUGGAAAGUGCCGAGAAGCUUGUUUACAAUCAUUAUCACGCUUGAAAACUGACUACCUCGACUUAUAUUUAAUUCAUUGGCCUGGUGUACAGGGGUUCAAACCUGCAGAUAGCAUGCAAAAGAUUCUUCGUCAGGAAAGCUGGAAAGACAUGGAGACCUUGUACAAGGAAGGUAAAUUGAAGUCAAUUGGAAUUUCAAAUUAUCAAAAGCAUCAUCUGGAAGAACUUCUACAAGAUUCUUCUGUGAAACCAGCAGUUCUUCAGACUGAACAUCAUCCGCAUCUGGUACAGCAUGAAGUAUGGAAGUUUUGUCAAGAGAAUAACAUACAAUAUCAAGCAUAUUCUUCACUUGGCGCAUCAAAAGACAAUAUGCUUCUGGAUGAUGCAGUUAUAAAAGAAAUUGGUAAGAAGCAUCAAAGGCCAGUUGCCCAGAUAUUACUCAGAUGGGCAAUACAACAGGGAAUUGGAGUUUUACCAAAAUCUACAAACAUGCAGCACAUAUCAGAAAAUGCAGAUAUCUUUUCGUUUGAACUCGAUGAUGAAGACUUGAAGAUGAUUAGCCAAAUAGAUAUUCAGCAUCAUUAUUGCUGGGACUCUUCCGCUAUUGUUUAAAACUUAAACACUUAAAUAACUAUUUUGUCUUAGAAUA